AAUCAUUCUCUUCCACCCUUUAUUAUGACCAUGAACCAAUCCAUUCAUCAAACAUUCUCGCACAAUUUCAAUCCAAAAAAUUCCCCUGUUUUCCCCCUUUGUGUCUCUGUUUUUCUCCAAUGGAGAUCCUCAACGUUCAAUUCCGCUCCCGCCUCGAUCUCCAAAACCCAUCCCCCCUCCAUCUCCGCGCGCCGGCGCUGCUCUCCACCCACAUCCACGUCGCCACCCACUACGCCGCAACCCACCGGGACAACCUCCGAUCCCCUGUCGACGGCGCCCUCACGCUCCUCCGCGAGUACUCCUCCCCCGAACCGCCGUCAUUCGACUGUUUCGGCCCGCUGGAGAGAAUCUACACCUCCACGCGCCAGUUCAUCGACAGCGUCGCCGGUGUCCUGGCCGAAAUUGGCGUGCCGGACCCGGAAGUGCACGAGUUACUGGGCUGGAACCUGGCCCGGCAGGUGGACGACCUAGCCCGGCGCGUGCCGUGCACGAGCGAGGAGCUGUGCCUGGUGUGGACGGUGGAGAAGGUGGAAGAUCACUGCUUGAGAUUCGCUGAGGUGGGAGGUUUGUUGAUGGAAGAGCUGUGGGCGGCGCUGCGGCGGGGGAUUGAUGAUUAUGACGAUGGUAAUUGCGGGAUGGUGGGGACGGCACCGGAGGCUGUGGCGGAAUUGGCGGCGGUGGAGGUGAGAGGAGGAGAGGAGAAUUGUGUGAUCUGUUUGGAGGAAUUGGCGGUGGUCGGAGUUGGGUCUAAGGCGGCGGUGAUGAUGCCUUGCAGGCAUGUGUUUCAUGAAGGGUGUAUAGUGGGUUGGUUGAAGACGAGUCAUUACUGUCCGAUUUGUCGGUUUGAGAUGCCGACGGCGGCGGUGGAGCCUUGUGAAUUGGUUGAAGGCUAGGUGUCACUGUCCGGUGUGUCGAUUUCAGAUGGCCACGGCGGCGGAAGAGCAGAGUGUUGAAGUAGAGUUGUGGAGGUUCCUCCACGGAGGUUAGUUUUAGGGCGGGAGAAAAGGAGGGAGUUCAAGUUAGGGUGUUAUUAGGGGAAGUUGUAAUUUGUUGGUGAUGGGACUAAUUGACAACCAUUGAUGGGUAAAACUUGAAUUUUGAUUCUGCCUUUCUCAUAGAGCUACUGAAUAUGUACAGACCCAUCAAACCUCCCUUAAGAGGCAUCCCCGACGCUGCUUCUUCUUCUUCUUCUUUGCAUCUUUCAGUUUUGUUGCUGGCUUGAUCACUAUGUUGAUGGUACCAAAAUAAGCAUAAGAAAUUAGGUACCGCAAC